AUGGCGCCGAGCAGCGUGCCUCUCGGGAGCGCGCUUUACGCCAGUAGUCAGUCAAACGUGCUGAUUUGAUGAUCUGAAACCGGAGCGAUAAACACACCGGGUGUAUUCGCGUGAUGACCGGUGUUUAUCGAGCCCGUGACCGCCGACAACACACUAGAGAUCGACUGGAGCCUGAAAUGAAGCGAUUCUGCUGAUCGGAACUGAGUGACCCCCGGGGACUCCGUCCUGAUGGACUCCCAGCAGCCGGCGGUGCGGGACGCUGCCAUGGCCUCCUCCGUGCGCUUUACCGUGACCCCAACCAAAGCGGAGGAUCUGCCGGACACGUCGCCGGACAUCAGCGGCCGCUCCAAUGCCAGGGUCCGCUUCGGCUCCAGAGAGAGCGUCAGCGAGGCAUCUGGGGCCUUCAACACCUCCACAGGGGCUGAAACACCGGACCGCGGCCACGAACAAG